CUGCUUGUUGAUCAUUUGGUUCUCUCAUAGUUGGAUAAACAUGACGUGAUUGCGAGCUCUGCUAACUAGCCAAAUAGAACCGCGAACUCCCUCCCGUCCCGCUCCACCAGGCCUGAGGAAAAUAUUUCUCCAGGGUUUCGGGAAGCAAUUCGGAUCGGUAGGAGAAGCUGCUUGGUGUUUAGUGAUAUCUAUGCACGAUGGAAGCCUCGGACAGUUGGACUCCCACAUUUGUAGUGGGACAGCAUGAAAGUGACCGAAAACUACCUGUGUCUCUGGACACCGUCCAGCGGGUCCACGACUGCAAUUAUGAUGUUGUCACAACUCCAAUUACAACGUCCGAGUUUCAUUCCAACGUCCUCACCUUGAUUGCCUCCCAUCUAUGUAGCCUGGAGCGGCCGGUCCAAGAUGCGUGUGGCACGCUGGCGACAUCCCAGAACACCAAACCUCUUGCAAUUCCAUCCUUGUCGCUUUCCGAUUCGCAUCUGAGCCCGAAUGGAUCCCUAGGCAAUGUGAUUGCCAUCACCAGCAAGUGGAUUGAUCUCUGUUCGCCGGAUCCUCUAAUCGCGGACGUCUCUCGCCAAAUAUUAAUGCAUGAGGUUGCCUAUGCUGCGUUCUGCGGUGUGAGCUAUGUCAUAAUUCAAGGACCCAGAUUACACCAUGGGAGCCUUCGUGGCGAAGGCUUAAUGUAUUAUGCUCGCACGAUCCAGGAAGUGUUGAAUGUUGCGCCCUAUAUCCAAGUACAUAUUUGGUUUCAGAUGACCGAUAACCCCAGUGCGGAGACCACUGACAUUGGCAACUUGGCUCCCUUUGCGCGAGCGGAAUAUCUACACCAGCAGGACCCAACUGUAUCCAUUGAUCCGGAUCAAUUUGGUACUUGGGAUGCGUGGGAUGCGGUUAGGAGAGUCUGUAAACAUCACUCGCGCCUCUUCGUAGCCUUGACGCUACCUAAAUAUCUUCCUUCUGCACCUGUGCAAUCAAGGUGGCUCUCUGAACCUGUUCAUACUCUGACCAUUGACGGCAAUGUGUUCGUGAAAAAUCAAAAGGGAUACCCAGUCCUUUCUAGGGUGCAUCAGGGUCUGAUUUCUCGGUUCAUGCGCCUUAAGGUGCAACCUUGGAUUAUUCUAUGUGAUGUUGGCCCUAUUCCCGAUCCUUUUCAGCAGAGUGAUGAAUCUCCCACCCCCGCGGAAGCAGUGCAAAGGCUCGGUCCCAAUUUUAGCAAAAAGAACUACGACCCAACGCCUCAUCUUUCAUAUAUACGAAAUCUCCAAACAAAACAACCGCCCCGCACGCCUAUGGAGCGCUUCGGAGUGGGGUAUCAAGACUUUUUGCAAGCGCCGUUGCAACCGCUGACCGUGAAUCUGGAGAGUGUGACAUAUGAAGUGUUUGAAAAAGAUCCUAUUAAGUAUGAAUGGUAUGAACGUGCGAUUGCAAAAGCUUUGAAAGAUUGGAUAGCCAAAAAGAAGACAACUUCUUCCCCAGAUGGACGUGUUGUUGUCGCAGUGGUUGGGGCUGGCCGUGGGCCUUUGGUGACCAGAGCGAUACGGGCAAGUGUCGAGGCAGGCGUGGAUAUUGAAAUGUGGGCUGUUGAAAAGAACCAGAACGCAUUCGUCCACCUUCAACGACAAAACAAGACUAUAUGGGCAGGGAGCGUAAAUUUGGCCCAAUCUGACAUGAGGAGCUGGAAAGGUCCCCAUCGCGUGGCCUUACGGGGAUCUGAUGGACAAGAUGCCUCGACGCUUCAUUACCCUGUUGACAUCUUUGUUUCCGAGCUCUUAGGCUCUUUCGGAGACAAUGAAUUGUCCCCGGAGUGUCUUGACGGAGUCACGCAUCUCCUGAACCCAGACCAUGGAAUUUCCAUUCCAGCAUCAUACUCCGCCCACCUUACUCCUAUAUCCUCUCCUCGUCUCCAUGCUGAUGUUACUGCUCAAAGCGCCUCUAACCCAGCAGCCCCAGAGACACCAUACGUUGUCAUGCUUCACGCAUUUGACUUCCUCUCCACGGUUCAACCCGCCUCAGGAACAGCCGGUCCAAAAUCUUCAAACGGUCAGAAUUCCUUGCCUUCAAACAAGAUCACCAAGACCCCUACGCCUCCACCUACGUUCGAAACUCCAACGCCUAUCGUCCAUACAGCUUGGUCCUUCUCCCAUCCAAACUCCAAUAUCCCACCCCCUUCCAGGUCGUCAUCCGUCCUGUCGAACGCACACAAUGUGCGUCAAACACGGCUUACGUUUCCCUGCCGAGAACGUGGUGUAUGCCACGGUCUGGGUGGAUAUUUUGAAACAGUGCUGUAUGACGAUGUGGAGUUGUCCACAAACCCAGUAACGAUGGACACAAAGAGCGAAGGGAUGAUAAGUUGGUUUCCGAUCUAUUUCCCAUUAAAGACGCCCUUGCACGUUCCUGAAAACUCCGAAGUGGUUGUCACCAUGUAUCGACAAACCGAUGACAGGAAGGUGUGGUAUGAGUGGAUCGUGGAGGUCUACGAGCUACGUGAAGGAAUGGGGAAUGGUGUCCGAAAGCUGCGUGUAGCGAUGAGUGAAUUUCAUUCAAGUAUUAAGGAUGGAUGUCUAAUGUAAUCGGCAUCGAGCCAGCUACAUGCAAUCUGAUGAAUGCAAAUCAUGCCACAUAACUACUAGAUCACUCAAAGAA